AUGUUCGCUCGCACGUCGCGCUCGAUGCUCAAGGCCCAGCUCAAGGCGCCGGCGAGAGCCUUCAGCAGCCGCGCGUCCAAGCCGUCGGCGUCGUCGUCCAAGCGCGAGUUCUCAGCCUUCCUCUUUGAGGCCCACGCCGCCUGCAAGGGCAAGCGCUGCCUCCAGAUGGACGCGAUCCCGCGCGCCGACAACUGCGGCGAAGACUCGUUCUUUAUCUCGCAGGCGUACGUGGGCGUCGCCGACGGCGUCGGUGGCUGGAACGAGAACAACGUCGACCCGAGCCGCAUCUCGCGCGCGCUCAUGCGCAACGCGCUGACGCUGGCCGACGGAUCGCGCUCGACGUCUGAGAUCCUCGAGAAAGCGUACGCAAUGGUCCUCGACGACGACCACGUCGAGGCCGGGUCGACGACCGCGUGCAUUCUCAACAUCAAGGAAGACCCCAAGACAGGCGCGCCGAUUCUCGAGUACUCGAACUUGGGCGACUCUGGCUUUUGCAUUGUCCGCAACGGCGCAGUCUGGUUCCGCAGCGCGUUCCAGUCAAUUGGCCUCGCGCCGUACCAGCUCGCCAAGAUCCCUCCGCGCUUCCGCGUCAUGGGUGCCAUGGAGAACAUGCCAAGCGAGGCCAACACGGGCGAGAUCGAGCUCCAGGACGGCGACCUCAUUGUCCUCGCGACGGACGGUGUCUGGGACAACUUUGCGCGGGACCUCCAAGAAGUACCUGCCUUCUUCCCUCCGGUCGCGUCGUGGCGCCGGUACUGGCAUGGGCGUAUCCAGUCGCUCCUCGGCGUCCUCUCGGUGAAGGACCUCAAGGACGCAGCGACAAGCAUCGUGCAAGCGUCGCUCGACCACAACCUCAAGCCCGACGACAUCACGGUCAUUGUGGCGCGCAUCUCGAUCAAGCCGACCGCGCGCUUGUAG